CAACAUGAUAAAACCUGCGUUCAGGCAAGACGAGUACAAAUUUGGAAAUUUGGAAUUUUAGAUUAAUAUUUUGUCACGAUUUUCUGUUUACAUGUCAAUAUUCUCUGUUCCUUGAAAGUCGAAAUUCGCCUAACAUGGCUUAGAAAGACACAGUACUGUAGAAAGCCGGCUUAAGGCUAUUUAAAAAUGAGCGAAGCAGACAGCAAAUUAAUCAACGAUCAAAAUAAUGAAAAAAACUUACAGAGAGGAAAUCAUUUACUGGAAUAUUCUGAAGCGAUAAAGCCAUAUUUUAUGGAUAGUUCUCUAAAUUUCUCGCCGGCAGGGUCUGUAUUCGAAUCAGAAGACUGCGAUGUGUCUGUGUUUGAAAACGAUGAAAGUGGGGUCGAGAGUGUCGAUGGCGACUGGCUUCAAGCAUGCAACACUCCACCUUCAGAAUAUGACUUAGAUCUGACAGAGGAACAGGCCCUAGAGACUUUGAAGUAUUUUAGUAAGUUUGAUUAUAAGUAUAUAAAAAAACUUAUAUUUUUCCUAAAUAUUUUGGCUGUUAUUUUGGAGAUUACGUAAUGUUGUGAUAUUUGAUAAUUGUUGAGUCAUGAGGUAGGUCGGCCUGUGUUGUGUUUCCUUUCAACAUGAUGACAUCACAUAUCCCCCCCCCCCUGGCAUGGGAGCCUCGUUUUCAUGAAUCGUGAACAAGUAGCUUUUGUCCUGAUUCAUGAUAGCGAUACAGGGUUCCCACUAGAGUAGGAAGCUUUUUCAAAGAAGCAGGCAGCUAUGUGGUGGCAAAGGUACCACUCACCUGGUGCGGGGAUCCGAGGGCAUCUCUCUGCGAAGAAUCUGAAAUUUAAUCCCUCUGAAAUGGCAUUUCCAGCCAUUUUGAAGAGUUAGAUUUUGGAGAUUUUAUCCAAAUAUUUAAUUAACAAAAAAAACUAUUGUGCAAAAUUUAUGUUAAAAAAGCAGGAAACUUUCCCUUGACAUUUCUGCGGUAAGGAGGAAAUAUUUUGGUUUGUAAUUUCUGCAACUGUCUAGGCUGUAGAUGGUGAAAAUUCCUGGGUGGCGACUUCUGUUGGGAACCCUGGCGAGCAGGGUCUUAGCUAGAGGGCCGUGUUGGCCGUGUUAUCGCGGCCAAAAGUGGAAAAACACGGCUAGAUAAAAUGAACGCGGCUUCACUAUUUAUAUAAGGCCGUGUAUAGGUUCAUAAAAUAAGGUGGUGCUACUUACAACAGACAGAAUUUCUUCCUAUUUACGUCAAGAAAGUUUGUAAAAUCUACUGUUGUUGUUGAAUUGGCAAAAGUGAUCCGUGAUGUUUUAAUGUUUUGAUGGAUAAUGGAAACUGUAUGGUGUUAAAAUGGUUUUAAAUACCCCAAAUAGUUGUUGAAAUAACUUAAUUGUCAGUGCACAAUAUGAGCGUAUGCUCGCCUUGUAUUUGGUUGCAAAGCAUAGAACAACUACAGGCAUUGUUGUUGGUGAGCAUAACUAGAGCCAUGAUUUUGCUAUUCAAAGUAAUUGACAUGUGCACGCCCUGGUCAUUAGAAACACGCCCAAGAUCUAAAAUCCUAGCUAAGACCCUGCUGGCGAGGCUUCCAGACCCGGAAAGUAAUUGUGACGUUAUUAUCGAAAGGGUGUAUUUUGACCUUCAACUUUGUUUUGUAAUAAUUUAUUAAUCUGCUUUAAUCUUAUGAUAAAAAAGUUUCUGGAUUGAGUUAAGCUUUGUAAACAUAUCAAAGUUUGACUAAGCAAACAUUUGUCCGUUCAAGGUCAACAUUCAACAACUUUAUUUGCAGAGAAGGUGAUCUCACAUAUGAGAAGAGCACUUUCAGUUUCAUUCUACCAAAUCGUAUAUUUCAGCAAGGGUACUCUCAUGUCCUGUAUUGGACCUCUAUAAGGAACAACACUUCAGAAGCAAUCCGGUUUAGUUUUGUUUUGUUUACUGUGGUAUGCAAUUUCCUCAACUGUACAGAGAAACAUAAGUUAUUAUUUACAGUAAGAAGUAACUUCCCAUAACUAUUUGAAAUUAAUUCUUGAUUGUGCCGGUUUUCUUUCAUGCACCAAGGUGAUUUUUUAAUAAUCACCUUGAAUAUUAAUUAGCUGAAAAGAUGAAGGAAAACUCAGAAAAUCGUCGUUCAAAGCAGACGAAGCAGACAAAACUUUGUUGGAAAACCUCCUCAAUCAAGAAUUAAAUAUGAUAAACACCUCGAAAGUCAGGAUUUAGUAAGAGUUAAUUACCGAGAAGGAGGGCUUUAUGCUAUAUAUACAGCCCCGAGAAUGUGAAGCGUUCGAGGGCUUUAUAUAGCAUAAAGCCCGACAUUCGAGGUAAUUAACUGACUUAUUUCAUGAUUGAAGAGGUUUUCUAACAAAGUUUUAUUCUUUUUUUUCGAUUUCGACAAGUAUUUUUCUAGUUUUCUCGCUUAUUUCUUGACUAAUUAGGGCUUUAUGGUAUUCAAGGGCAUUAUGCUAUAUACAGCCCGCGGUACAUCAAAGAAAACCGAGUCAAUCAUGAAAUAAUGUCAGAUAAUGUCCUCGGAUGCUGUGUGUCCUCGGGUCAUUAUCUAACAUAAAUCCCUCCUCCUCGGUGUUUAUCCUAUACUGAUGGCAUUUUAACCACUUCUGACCAAUUAAUAGGCAAGGCACAAGGGUUAUUAUCAAACUGGGUUCAUAAAAUCACCUGGUUUCCUUGUCAUUUAAUGGACCAACUUUCAAAAUUCAGAUGGACUUUAAGUUAUUUAUGUUUAAUACUUAAAUAUUGUGUGGAUGUUAAAAUUGAAUCACUCAUCACAUACCCAAUGAAUGUUUGAUCUGUAGAACAUUCUAAACCAAUGACAUUUUCACACCUGAAAAUAUUUAUUGAGUGAGAAAUAAAAAAUUGGCACGCCAUUUCAUAAUUUGAAAUUAACAUGUGCCGUUAUGGCUCUAUAUUGACAUUUGACUGUCUAACACCUGCAGUCACUUUUACUUGGGGGAAAGUACUGGGCAUUAAUGGUCAGCUGAAAAAUGUUCAAAAACAUCUGCCUUGCUUAAAAUUGGAUUCACAUGAAAUAAUAGGAAUUAAAGCAAGGUAUGAAGUCUUCAAAAUGGAUAGCUCCAAUAGUGGAUUACUGGACUUUUAUCCUGAAAUAAAGACAUUCAAAUAUAUAUAUAUAUAUAUAUAUAUAUAUAUAUAUAAGACUGGUCUUGUCACUAGUUAACACAAUAUGAUGCUUCACAUAAACUGUAUUGGAACGGAAAGCGAUUUCACAAAUGGUGGGGGGGGGGGUGUGGUAUUGAGAUGAAGCAAGUAACCUUCCUACAGGGGGUCUGAAACCUCCCCCACCCCCAAAAAACACAAGCCUGGAAAGCGCAUUUCCAGCUAUUUCCCACAAUAAUUUUGUUUAAAGUAACCAUGUGUAUAUUGCCCGAUGAUAUAGGCAAAUAUAUUUCUGUGGAGCACAUGUCUAGCUGAAAAAUUAGUGAAGAUUGUUGCCGAUGAUUAUCGUAUCGUAAAAGAACAUUUGCGUACACAAAUAUGUAACGGUCAAGCGCGGUGCCUGUAAGUCUAAUAUAAAGAAUACCUCUUUGGAAAUAAAAAAAAUACUUGUAUUUGAAGACGGCUUGUCUGUAAUUUUGUCCAACUUGUGAAACUUCGAGAAGUGGUGUCACAUUAUAAAAUAUGCAAAUACGAAUGCUCUUAAGCCGCUUUUUAAGUAAUUUUAACACAUCUUAGCUCAUUAUUCAAAUACACAAUAGGAUAUUAAUGCAAUACUCUGCAUAAUUAGUUUUUCUGGUCGAUGUUGUUUAUAUGAUUUUUGCAGUGUCUGUGUUGUAUUUAAUCGAAGUGAAUGAACCUCGGGGUCAUCAUAUAGUGGCUUGGAAAAGUAUCAAUUAAUGUAGAACGUCAGUUUCCAAAAGUUGGUUAAACGAAAAACGUAUCGAUUUUGUUCCUACGAGAUGAAAUAUUAAAGAUCUCAGUCUUAAAUGGGUAUAAAGUUUUCAAUAUUAAAUAUGCACAGGCUGCAGUUAAGUUAACAUCUUAGUUAGCAUUUCGCAUGAAAAGACGAACUGUUACCGUUUAACAUAACUAACGUUUUGUAAUUGUUUCACAUGAGUUAAACUGUAGCAAAUUUUGAUUCGGAGUUUUAUUUUCUAUUUUAAUUAAUGUUUCACCGUGGAACGUUGUUUCGUUUUGCUUUUUCACUUCUAAUCGUACUUCCUUAUAGUCAUAUAUAUAUAUAAAGCGAACAGAGGUUCAAUUCGUUUCCUAAGAGCAAAACGUACUUUUAAUCACGUACUGACAAGUAUGUUAUAAACUAUAUCUAGUGGCGGGAAUUCAGUUUUUCCUGAAUUUCUUACUGUUUACAUUAAUAUUGGCUGUUCGUAACCUUUUUCAGUAUAAAAUAUUCCGUUAAACGUUGCAUGCAACUACAAAAAGGAACGAUAAAAGUUAAAAACCAAGGGAAACCAAGGUUGCAAAUACGACAGUAAACGAAGAACAAGGCGCAAUUUCGUUUAUUAAAAAAUUGAACAUACAGUUAGUAUACUUGACUUAUUCUUUCUAUUUUGUUCAUAUACAAGCUGCGAGAAAGCAUAUUGUGAUUAUCGAGAAUUGGAAGGAACGUUGUUUUGAUCUUUUGAAACCAUGGUUACACAUUACUCAUUAGUAACGUGAUAAUAUCAGUCUGAGUAGAUAUUUUACAUUAAGAUAAUUAAAGUUUAAUUACCACAAACAAGAAUAGAACGCGAUCAAAUAAUUGUUAUGUAAUGUUUUUCCUUUUCCAAAAAGAACUCGCGCAGAAAUGCGCUUGAAGUAUGCGAAGCAAUUUUACAAGCUUUUGGUAGAUGGAAUUUUCGAACGACAAUUUUUGUACAAUUUUAAACCUAACCAGGGCAGUUGUGAAAACUGCAACUAUAGUUCCUCUGACAGGAAUCGAACCUACGGCCCUGCGAUUCUGAUGCAGCGCUCUAACCAACUGAGCUACAGAGGCCAGUUGUCGAGCUCUAACCACAAGUUCUCGUAUAUAUAUACUAAGGUUUUGCAUUUCCACUCAGGAAAAUUUUCCGCAGAAAGAAAAUUUUGUAAAAUGUGAUUGGCCAGCACAAAUUUUCCGUCGGAAAAAAAAUUUGAAGUUGAAAAUUUUCAACUUUUAACGAUAACAUUUUCGGAAAAUUUUCUGUCCGUGGGAAUUUUUCUUGAGUGGAAAUGAGCUUUAAGGUGUAUGGGUUUUUGGCAUCUUGUUCGAUAAAACGGAAUGUUGAAUGGUUUUUGUAGUCGUAGAUGGCAACUUCGACCGGAAAUGAUAUACAUUUUACACCUGAAGUACAUGUUGUACAUAUAAGCAUCGGGAAAAAAUGGAUGCUUCACCGGGGUGGGAAUCGAACCCGCGACCUUUGGUUUGCUGGCCCAAUAUGCUGUACCAGUCCAAUACUCUACCAACUGAGCUAUGAGGUCAUGUCGACUCAAGUGAUUAGUGGUGUGGUUGACUAUUUUGUGUGAAAAAGUUGCGUUUGUUCGAUUGUAUGUAUUUUUUAUUAAUGAAGUGGUAUAUAUGCUAACCUAACCGGGGAUUCUUUCUAUAGCUCUGUCGCUGUCUCGGGCCAAUCAAAUGACGAAGACGCAUCAAGAUCUGGAGGCAGUGUUGCAAUUAUUGCAAGAGGUAUGCAACAUGCGAAUUAGUUCUCCAUUUCAUUGGUCUAACCUGACCGAUAUAGUGUAAAUUUCCACUAAUUUUGUCAAUUUUUUUUAUAUAGAAAGAGAAAGAUCUGGAGUUAGCAGCUCACAUUGGCCAGGUUGGUGGUUUAAUUCUUCCUCAACCCAGAUAUAUAUAUACUAUAUUUUCUGUCAUGUGUCAUGGAAUCGUUAUUUUUUCCAAUGUAUAUAACAAUGCUUCACUAUUUUUAGUCGUUAUUGGAAAGGAACAAAAAUUUGUACAAGAAAACGGAGGCAUUAGAGACCUACGUGAAUGAAGUCGAAGAACGGGUAAGAAUACAAAGUCAAACCCAAAUUAGAACAAGGGAACAAAUACCCAGUUGUACUCUUUCUAAGUUUAUACGGCGUUUGUCUCAUAGGAAACCCAGCUAAAACACGUCGUCACGAUGAAAGAUAAAUUACUAAAGACGUUCACUGAUGAAGACCUGAGCGACACGGAAGAUUAUCCUCCAACAGAUUCCAGGUAUCUGACAAGAAGAAUAGAUCCAAUACUAAUGUUUGUGACAAACUUGUUGGUAAUGAAAUGAACUAAAAAGGGUUUAUAAUGCAAAGGAUGACAUUGCCUUAUUAUCCUGUAAUUAUAGAACAAUCUAUAUAAUGCUUUUUCGCGUCUGUUCUUCCUAAGUAACCUAUAAUUGAGUAUUUACUUAAUGCUUUUCUUUUGCAUCAACUAUCUUUGUGUCAAUGUGUCGAUAGUGUUGUAUUCCAAUGUUGUACUUUUGGAAUUCCAUUGUGUUGCCCAUGUGAUGACAGCAAAGCAAUUGAGUUCGACUGUGGUAAUAUAGUUUUUUCAUUCAUGUAUCUAGCUGAGCCCCCCGUGAAACGAUGAUGAGAGCGGCAACUCUCUUCAGGGACUCUCACGCAUGUACUCUUGUCAACUUUGAGCUGGUUCUGAUGAGAAUUUUUACUCGUUUGACUGGUAAUAUCCAGUUAACUCUCAUCAACUGUCACUCAGCUCAUGUUUCCUUGGGGCAUGAGAAAACUCCCACGGAAACUCUCGCUUCUCAUCAACUCCCAUCCUUGUUUGACCAGGGUUUAUCUUCUUUUCAUUAUAGCGCGUACGACUCGUGUAGGGACGAAUCAAUGUUGAGCCUUCACGAGAAAUGCAGCCAACUGGAGGACCACAACACUAGUUUGAUUUUAGAAGUAUGGAAUAUUGAUUUCUUUUCCCUAACAUGGGACCUGAUGGGGUUGGUUGUAUUUCAGACCGACAAGUGAAAAGAUAUAUUGACUGAUAGCUACCAAACAAUGAAAUACUAAAACUAUAGUAACUUGGAACCAGUAUCUUACACAGUAUCUCAGCUGAAGGAUGGCUUGAAUUUUUGCUUAUCAGCUGAUAGAAAGACCAUCAUUUUGACCUUGUUAACAUAUAUCGAAACAUUUGUUUAUGAUACAUUUUAUCACUAGGCCUUGAAACUACGUGAAGAAACGGACAAAGAGGAAGAAAAGGAGAAGGAAUUGGUUUAUGAAUGUAUCAAAGAAUUGGGUAGGUACAGCACAAAGAUACGACACCACUAUCUCAAAAGUAUGGACUUGUAGACUGGAUGCAGUAUAUAUACUGGGACAUCAAUGACACAGCACCCGAUAAGUUUCAUUUGUAAAUAUGGUAUUCAAUCUAAUAGCCUAGUACCUGGUAUAUUUAAACCACAGACUUGAGUUGGGACAUUUAGUGAUUAAUAUUUCAGUACGAAGUGAUUCGACUUCACAAGGAAUCAUACAGGACGUUUCAGCUUACAAUUGUCGUCAAAAAACAUCCAUUGUCACUAUGUCGUCAAAAAACAUCCAUUUUUUCUAGCUGGUGCUAAGGAACAGAUAUCUUAUUUGACUGACGAAAUAUCUAUGAAAGCUGAAGAUAACAUUUCUCAACAGGUAGGCAUAUCAUCCUUGUAUCGUACGAGAAACAGUUCAACGAUCUAAUUUAUGGACUCUAUAAUCUUGGCUCUCAUGUCCUUUGUGUUAAUGAUUUUUUUAUGAUUUGUGACGAGUUUAUCCCUUGGCCAGAUACUUAGUAUAUUUUUCAAUAGGAAGAAAUUUCCAAGCUGAUUGAAACGGUAUUGGGAUUACAGCAAAGACACAAUAUGGUAAGAAGUGGCAAUACAUUUAUGGGAGGAUUCUUUGUAAUUUUUGCUAAAACUUGCAAUAAUAAUCCUCUUUCAGCUCACUGAAGAAAACGAAGGGCUACAUGAAACUCUGAAAAAUUCACAAGAAAACCAAAAAGACCUUAAAGUUGAGGUGACGACUUUACAUGAAAAGUAUCAGGAGUGUUUUGAAAUGUUAUUGGAAAAUCAGGUAAGCCCGUUUGAUUUAAUAUAAUUUAAUUUAAUCAGUUGUCACAACACAAUCAUUACGCAUACAUCUACAAUAAACAGAGGACACAAGUGUGACUGGAGAAAGGAACAUGACUUGUGUCUCAAUUGACACCUGACCCCAACAUUAUAACUGGACUUUGCUGCUUGUUGCACACCGAGCACAAUGACUUUCCUCAUGAUUUCGUGACGAAAGUACUGCAGGUACACAUACAAAUUCUAGUCAAUCGUAAGCGAAUAUCAAUAUUUCUAACUUUUUCUCGAACAAAUCACUAGCCAAAACUAAAAAACUUAUAACCCAAAACUUAUUUGCGAGUUUAUAUGUGAGUGUACAAGACUCUUGAAUCUAGAAGAUUCCAUGAUGUCAUGUAGUUUCUCUUCGCUUCUUGGUGUGACCAAAUGUUGUAUUUAUUAUUGUAGCGUGAAAUGAAAAUGAUGAAAGAAAAAUUGGGGUGAGUGUGUGUUUGUAUUUUCAACUCAAAAAAGGAUCGAAGAGAUAAUACGGAUGUUUACGAAACUAUAAUGGUCCUCUAGUUUUCAUAUGUUAUGACAGCAGUCGAUGAUACAUCCUUUCCGGAAAGUACGUCACUUUGGCACAGCCUCGCUUUCGUGUAUGACAUUAGUUAAAGUCCAAGGUCAUGUACUUUCCGGAAGCGUGUAUUGUUCUUGUGUUGUUCUGAUGUAACUCAUUAAACUUUCCAAUACAGACCUUAUAUACCCCAUGCUUGCAGUUAUAUCGCAAAAUCUUAGCAGCGACGAGACUCUCACUUAGAUUAGAGAGCUCUUGCAGCGAUUGUUUUUGCACUUAUACCACUAAAAAUGAAACUCACCGUUUUAAACUGUCUGCUUGUUCAGCUCUCGGAAAAGUACUGGGGAAGAAGGAGCGGGAAUAUCACGUCCAGAUCCACGCGACUCGCUGGCUCAGGAAAUCGAGGAGUCUGUAAGAAGAGAUAUAGAAACAUCACAAGAGAAAAAGUAAGAUGUAAUUUGACUAUUGGUAGUCCCCCCCCCCCCGGGAGGAGGGUAUAGUAUGACUUGCAAUGAUAUUGGCACAGUUUGCCCAAGGGGGGAGGGGGGGGGGGCGAUUACCAAAUCAUUUCAACUAGUUUCUACAGUGAGCCAAGAUAAAGAUAUUUUUUCAUUACCAACAAAUUACUCAUAAGGGUUAUCUCUUAUUGAUCCAAGAGAAAAGUGAAAACCUGAGCUAAACGUAUUUUAUAUUCAGGUCAACCCUGUCAGUUCCCAAAUUGUCAAGUCCAGUAAGUCCAUUCCUCCUCGGUGUAGUGAUAGCAGCGAAAACCGUAGCACACAACGAAACUUGCGGUGUUUGCCUGUUUGGUAGUCUGACUCUACUCAGGCCAAAGUGGAUAAAUUCUUCUAUUAAUAUUCACACAUGUUCUACGUUCUUUACGUGUACUGUGGGUGUCACCGACGACAACUGUGCUACUGUAUGUCCUAUACAGUAUUAAGAAAUUAUUGUUUAAUUUAGGAAGCACACGGACCGUGUUAUGCAAACAGUGCGUGCAGCAAACACCAAACGAUUUCCGAAGGCGAUCAAAGGAGGCACACGACCAACUAAGAGUACUAAAGCUGGACAGGUCAAAGAAUCAAAACCGUUUGAUUUUAGUUUUGCCACAGCACCUCGAGUUGAAGAAGGGAAAUCUGCGCCAAGUAUGGAUGAUUUGAGGGCAGCCGUGAGGAGACUCAGUGUCACUGAUAAUAAUGGUAAGAUUUCAAAUGUAGAUUUGUAUAUCAUUAAAGUGCUGAUGUACAACACAAUUGUCCAAUUUCUACUUGAGAUAAAUCAUCUGUUAAGACCGCUGAUCAAGACUCCGUCUGCAUGAGAAAGAUCAUUCGUCUUAAGCUUGGUGUAAAGACAAGGAUGUUUGUAGAUUGUAUUGAUGUGGAGGUGGUUUUGGGAUUUGUUAUCCAGCAACUCUAAGCUUAGAUAGCCAAACUCCACUGCCUCUGAGUUGGCUUUAACUCCAGAAUUGUUAAUUCAAGUUCUAAAGCGCGCAUUUUGAAUUUAGAGUCAGCCCAUUAAGCCCGUUCUCCACUAGGCGAUUUUUUUCGCGCGGCGCGAAGCGAAAAACAAAUCUUGGCAAUGUGAUUGGUCAGAGAAAAAAUUCGCCGCGAAAAAGUUGGAUCAGUUCCUACUUUUUUACUGUUCGCGCGAACAAAUUCGCCUAGUGGAGAACGGGCUUUAGACUGUGGAUGUAGCGUCGUUCUACAGCUCCCUAACUUCUGUGGCCAUGAUUAGACAAAUACAUUACAAAACGGACUAUAGGUGGAAUAUAGCGAUCUAUACUGACACUGCUUCUGGGAAGAAAUUAUGCCUCAUAUUUUCCUAUGUGUACGUAUACGACAUCAGAUGAUUUAUGAAGAUGAACUACGUAUUCAAGUGUGUCUGAGUAAGCAGAACUACAGUAUAUGCAUGUGAAGUUUCUGCAGAUCGAGCUACGCAUAAAUGACUAACUGCGUUUGUACACAGUUGAAUUAUUUUUAAAAAAUAACUUUCUUUCCUUUCCUAACAGCACCUCAAGGAAGAGGCAGGCGAGCAUGGGCGCCAGAAAAAUUGCAAAUUGUGAAGCCAUUAGAAGGUAUGCAAGACGUGUUUAAGAAAAUUGAUCAAGAUGAGGUGCCUCACCACAAAGAUAUAUCACAUUUCUCAGAAUGAUCCAAAUAUUACGCAUACCAGAACCUCGAUCAAACGAGCUGAUGCAAUUGUUACAGGGGACAUUGUAUUUUAUUCAAGUUAAAACAUAGUUGGAACACUCAUCAAACUUUUAUUUUGUUAAUCUAGAGCUUGAAAUGUCCCCUGUAACAAUUGCAUCUGUCAUGAUAGUGUUGGGAAAGCAUUAAGAACAGUUAAACCACAGAGGUUAAACCAAGGUCGUGCGCCUGCCAACUUUCAUGCACUCUCAUCCUCGUUUUAUCCGAGCUAAAAUUAGCACUUUAAUCGGGAUUGGUAAUGACGGCAAUAGCUGCUGGGGGUCGUCUCCUAAUAGCAGCUCUAGUAGCACCUCAACAGAACUAACUGAUUUUGUCUCCUGUUCGUAGGAUCCGCGACAUUACACAAGUGGCAGUCUUUAGCUAAACCAUCUAUGAGUGGUCUACACAGUGUCGUGCCAGGAGUGCACGUGAAAGGCGAGAUAGCACGAAAAGACAAGACUAAGCACGAAACGAACCAGGCUAGCACGAAUAAGAAUGGAAGCAGCACGAAACAAGAAGAGAUGGACACGAAACUUAGAGAAAACGCAAAAGAUAAAACAACGCAAAGCACUUCUAAAAACAUUUCAAGUAAAGUUACAAAUAAAAAGACUAAUAAAGAGAACAAGCUUUUAGAUAACUCACAAGGAGGGGUAAAAACAGAGCAAGUAGACACGUCAUUACCCAACAACAGUGAAGUGACUGAGAAAGACAAAGCUACAACCACAACUACGACAACAGUAGCAAGUAGUAACCCAGUCCAGACAACUGUUGAUUCGAGUAACACUAAUAUGAGUGCCACCUCAAACCUCACUGAAAUCGUAAAGUCAAAACUGUCUGCUGAAAAUAUCUUGUCUCCCAGUAGUGAAUCUGGUUCAAUACUAAACACAAUAUUUCGUAGCACGGUUGGGAUAAAUUCAGGAUUCAUCUCGUCGACUCCUGUGACUACGAUAGCAAAGUCUUCAUUUGUUACUAUGACAACCACAACAUCUUCAUCAAUGUCCGCCAGUGGUUUCCCCCGACCUCGUCACGUUAGAAGUCGCAGUAGUGAGAACCUGUUAAGCUUGAUCGCACCUUUUAACCAGAAUGUGGAAUCCACUAACACAAGCUCUGAAAGUCUUGGGGCUGCACCUAGCCUGCAAUCAGGUGGAAUUGGCCUGGGGAGCUUUGUCGGAAGGUUGGUGAGAAGUUCAAGUAAUGAGAAUUUAGCGGGAAGCGCGGACAAUGAACUUGGGAUACCUCGUAGUGCAAGUAGUGGCAAACUUAGCGAUUUACUUAAGAACUCGGACAUUGCACAGAAUAUUGGAAAAGCAUCAAGUAUUGACAACAUGCAGAAAUCAUCAAGCAUCGAUAUGCAGAAAAAGCGUGCCUCCUUCCAUUUGGGCGACUCACCACCAUCAGCACCACAGCUUGAAAUGAUGGGUGACCUAGGGGGAUUUGCUUUCAUGAGUGGUGGGGGAAACUCUAGUCCCCCAGCAAAUUCUAGUCCCCCUGCAAAUGAACCCCCUGUGCUACCAGCUACUAGUAGUAAAAGAUCAGUAUUCGAUGCAUUCUCUGGUCUAGGAGGGUUCUUCCGUCGACCUCGCAGUAAGAGUCUGGACAACUUGGGCCCUCUACCCACGAGCAUUACUGGACCUCGGCCUGUUCCAAACUUUCAGCGUAAGGCACCGGUUGAACGUAGUUUAGAACGGUUUGAUCAGGUCUUUGGACCUGGCUGAUUGUGAAUGUGUUUUAGGUAGUUGUGUGAAUUAAUACUAAAUAACUUGGAUAAGAAAGCAUGCUUUUGCAAGGAUUUGAUAAACAUUAUUGAAACACUAUUAUUUAAUGGAGGACUGUCACAAUCUCAGACAGCGAGUAUAGUGACCACUACUCUAAUUAAUGGCAUAUAUAUAAUACGGCAAAGGUCUCAAACAGCAAACCACCUCUUAAUUAACAAACAUAUAAACAGUGGUUUCACCUUAUCAGUAUUAUUGAAAGGAAACAACAAAAGAUAUUUCACAGUGAAAAUAGGUUAAUUAACUGAAAAAUCUAAGAUUAGAUUUACCUCAAAAUGUUGAUUGUCACAAUCAUGUUGACAUGGAUAACUGAAAUAGAUAAAGAAUAAAUGUUAACCUUAAUUAUCUAAAAUUCAUUUCAAUUCUUAAGAUCUUGUUAAAAUGUUGUCUAAGAUCUCAAACAUUCAGUUUGUUCAAAUCCUUGCAAAGGCAUUCCUUUCUCAUUUGCUUAUUUAAAGAUAAAUAUAAUUAUUAUAUUAAUACUUAACAGUGCAAGAAUUGAAUAUAUUGUGUAUUUGUGUUUAUAAAACAUAUGUGAAAAUAUGAAUGGAUAAAUAUUUGUGUGUAAAU